UCUCUGUGAGGAGGACAUUUCUUCAAGGUUCUCUCUCCCUGCAGCUGCCCCAGACUCGGAUGAUGUUGCUCUCUACGUGGGGAUUGUCAUAGCAGUGAUCGUGUGCCUGGCUAUCUGCGUGGUCGUGGCCCUCUUGGUCUAUCGCAAGAACCACCGUGACUUCGAGUCCGAUAUCAUUGACUCCUCCGCUCUAAACGGGGGAUUUCAGCCUGUUAACAUCAAGGCUGCAAGGCAAGACCUCCUGGCGGUACCACCAGACCUCACUUCUGCUGCAGCCAUGUACAGGGGGCCUGUUUAUGCCUUGCAUGAUGUCUCUGAUAAAAUCCCAAUGACCAAUUCGCCAAUCCUGGACCCGCUCCCCAACCUGAAGAUCAAGGUUUAUAACACCUCUGGUGCUGUCACCCCCCAGGAUGACCUCUCUGACUUCUCCUCCAAGCUGUCCCCACAGAUUACACAGUCUCUGCUGGAGAAUGAGACCCUGAACAUGAAGAGCCAGAGCCUUGCUCGGCAAACAGACCCAUCAUGCACUGCAUUUGGGACCUUCAACUCCCUAGGAGGUCACCUUGUAAUUCCCAAUUCAGGAGUAAGCCUGCUGAUCCCAGCAGGGGCUGUUCCACAAGGGAGAGUCUAUGAAAUGUAUGUGACAGUUCACAGGAAGGAGAACAUGAGGCCACCUGUAGAAGACAGCCAAACCCUGCUGACACCAGUGGUGAGCUGUGGCCCUCCAGGAGCCCUGCUAACCCGGCCUGUCAUUUUAACCAUGCACCACUGCGCAGAACCAAACACAGAGGACUGGCAGAUCCAGCUGAAGCACCAGGCUGCCCAGGGACCAUGGGAGGAUGUGGUGGUGGUCGGGGAGGAGAACUUCACCACUCCAUGCUAUAUCCAGCUGGACCCAGAGGCCUGCCAUAUCUUGACAGAAACUCUCAGCACGUAUGCCUUGGUGGGACAGUCAAUCACCAAAGCAGCAGCCAAACGUCUCAAACUGGCCAUCUUUGGACCACUGUCCUGCUCUUCUCUGGAGUACAGCAUCCGGGUCUACUGCCUCGAUGACACACAGGAUGCCCUUAAGGAGGUCCUCCAGCUUGAGCGGCAGAUGGGUGGGCAGCUUUUGGAGGAGCCCAAAGCUUUGCAUUUUAAGGGAAGCACCCACAACCUCCGCCUGUCCAUUCAUGACAUUGCCCACUCUCUCUGGAAGAGCAAACUUCUGGCUAAAUAUCAGGAGAUUCCCUUUUAUCACAUCUGGAGUGGAUGCCAGAGGAACCUGCACUGCACCUUCACUCUGGAAAGGUUCAGCCUGAGUACCCUGGAGCUGGUGUGCAAACUCUGCGUGCGGCAGGUUGAAGGAGAAGGACAGAUCUUCCAGCUGAACUGCUCCAUCUCUGAGGAACCUACUGGCAUUGAUUACCCUCCCCUGGACUCAGCAGGCACCGUCACCACCAUAGUAGGGCCCAGCGCCUUCAGCAUCCCACUCCCCAUCAGGCAGAAGCUGUGCAGCAGCCUGGACGCGCCCCAGACCAGGGGCCACGACUGGCGGAUGCUGGCCCACAAGCUGAAACUGGACAGGUACCUAAAUUAUUUUGCUACGAAAUCGAGUCCCACCGGGGUGAUCCUGGAUCUCUGGGAAGCCCAGAAUUUCCCUGACGGCAACCUGAGCAUGCUGGCAGCGGUUCUUGAAGAAAUGGGAAGACACGAAACCGUUGUUUCUUUGGCAGCAGAAGGAAAUUACUGAUGCAGCCUUGGCAUGAACAGGAAGGACAGACACAGGGAGUGGUAAUGCCCUGUUAUUGCAAACGAGAACUGAAAUGAAAACCCAGACCAAUGAGUUACACGAGACGUUUCACAGAAGCAAGCAAGCGAACAAACGAACACACAAAAAACCAGCCCUGACCUUCACAUGUGCUCUCCUUGUACAUUAUCACAGGAUCUAAAAGAAAUCAUGCAAAGUUGUACCUUGAAAAUAUAAAUCAACCUAAUGUUCCUCUUGGCUUGGCUGUACACUGCUUGGUACAGGAUUUUACAGUUUCCUAGGAAACGCUUUUUAUUGCUAUCCAGAUAUAUGGAUAAACUUUCUUAACAAUCCCAGUUUCUAUGGAUGUUGUUUACAUCAAAUUCUGGACAGGGGUAAGGAGACUGUCCAUGGCUCUUUAUAUUUUUUGUUUAAAGCCAUUCUAGACAAGGCUAUGGACAGUUGGUUGUGGCUAUGUCAGCUUAUU